CGAUAUCGCUGGUUCAUACUGCGUUAGUUUUUGGAUCGUAGUACUGUGGGUCUGGUAGAAUAGAUAACCCGGACCCGAAAAGUGGACCCAACGAGGCAAAAGUGUACCGUAGAAAGUGGUGAAGCUCAUUUGAAUAUUCGCGUUCGGUUCCAUCUCGUAUCGGAUGAUUCUGUCUGCUGCACUGCUAAUUAGGUUGACGUCAUAUUUACAACAGCCAGCACGAUUUGGCCGUGGAUGUUUGCAAGCUGGUUUUAAUUCGCUGUUUAACUAUUAGCAGGGUAACAUGACGCGCGUGAAAGUUCUAUACGAUUUCGAUGGUGAGCCAAACUCAUCGGAAAUUUCGAUCAAAGUAGACGAAAUCCUUACCGUCACAAACACCGACGUAGGUGAAGGAUGGUGGGAGGGUAUGAACAGUCGAGGCCAACGUGGGCUUUUCCCAGCCGCCUACGUUGAAACGAUUCCCGAUGCACCACAGAUGCCACCUCCGCCAGCAGCGGCAGCUGUAAUGAUGGCACAGUCCGGUGGACAACUGAAAGCGUCGGCCACCAGUGCUGGUGCUGGCGGAUGGAACGCCAGCGGAGGUGUAGCAAAGUCUACCUCCCAGCCGGCCAUUGCUGCUGGUGGCAACCGGUACGAUCAGACUACCGACGAAUGGGGUGAGCAGCAGGACGAUUGGGACGACGACUGGGACGAUGACAACGAUACGUAUUCCGAAAUUGGACCAAGUUCGACGGCUGGCGCCGGUUCUCGGGCAAAUGGCGCAGGGUCCUAUCAACAGCAGCAUCAGCCUGCUGCCAGCUACUAUGCGAACGCUAACAACUUACCACCGCUGCCAGCGUCCGAUGGAGACAGUAUGUCGUUGGCUUCGGUCGCUACAACGACCGUCGGUGGACGCCGAGCCGCAGGAUCGGGUAAAAUUUUCUCCAAAUCGGGCGACACCUACCUGAUGGGGCUGCCCGUACCGGAUGUUUCGGAAACCGAGCGCGUACAGGUGCUGGCCAUGGAGCAGCAGGGUAUCGUGUGGAAGCCGAUGCGGGACACGUACACCGUAUCGGUUGAUUCGCCAAAGAAGGAGAAAAAGUUCAACGGGCUGAAGAGCUUUAUCGCAUACCAGCUGACGCCAUCGUUCAACAACAUUCCGGUCGCACGGCGCUACAAACACUUUGACUGGCUGCACGAGCGGCUGGUGGAAAAGUUCUGCCUCAUUCCUAUCCCACCGCUGCCGGACAAGCAGAUCUCGGGCCGAUACGACGAGGAGUUUGUGGAGCAUCGGCGCGUGCAGCUGCAGGAGUUCGUCGACUGGGUGUGUCGGCAUCCGAUCCUCUCCACCUGCGGUGUUUGGAUGCACUUUCUCACAUGCACGGACGAGAAAAAGUGGAAAACGGGAAAGCGCACGGCCGAGAAAGAUCCCCUAGUCGGGACGAUGUUUUGCGCAUCCGUUUUUCCUCCGGAAAAGACCCUCCUGGCGUCACAGGUCGAUCCGCAGGUGGAGUCGGCGAACAUGUUCGUACCGCAGAUGGACGCAGCCGUUAAGACGCUGUUCGCCAUCUGCGGCGAUCAGUCGAAAAAGUUCCAGGUACAGUGGAAGAAGGAAUAUCAACGGAUCGGCGAGGGAUUCUCCGAAAUGGCGCGAGCAUUGGGAACCGACGAGCGCCGUGCAACUACGCAGAUCAGUCUCUCGAAUUCGGUCGGCCAGGCGGCCGGUGUGUUCAUUAGCAUCGGGCAACUAUUUGGCGAGCAACCGAAGCACGACUUUGUCCCAUUCUCAGACCGGUUGCACAUCUACCGGGGGCUACUAGCAGGCUGGCCGGAUACGCUCGGUGAGUAUCGGAAUGCGGUGCAGAAGCGCAAGGAUUGCGAGCGCCUGACGGCCGAACAGAAGAUGGACAACGGUCAGAUGCAGGAGGUGAACCGGCGGGUGGAUGUGAUGUCUUACGCCUUGCUGGCAGAGAUGGCCCAUUUCCGGGACGAGCGCGAUACGCACCUGAAGGACACGAUACGAAAUUUCCUCGGUGCACAGAUUGAGUUCUACAAGUCGAUCGUGCAAAAGCUGGAGCAAGCGCAAAGUCACUUUUAACGCAAGCGAACAACAAAAACAGGGUCACAACACUAAACAACAACACCAGAUCAGCAGAUCAAGAGUGCCUUGAAGAGCUUAGCACUUGCCAAAACCCAAACAAUACGCCUACUAUGUGCGUUGUAUAGCGUGCGUCAUUCCAAGAUAAACCGUAGUUUUUGACACAAUCCCGACUUACCCAGGGAUGUCGAUGAGUCAGUCUAUUUGCAAAACAAAAGGUUCGGCAAAAGCAAAAUGACUAUUUCUACUCCUUCUUUCGCCCCCUCAGUUAUUGCCGCAUCGGAAUUAUAUAUGGGACUAUUGCUCGUUUCCAAUUAUGGGCUCAUCUGUUUGAGGCACUGUUUUUAUAUUCAAUUUUCCGGGGCGAUAAAAUACGCGAAAGGUGUGUGACCCACUAAGCUUUAUUAAGAGAAAAAGGGAUAGAUAACAGUAGCGUUUAGUAGCAAGAGAAGAAAAUUAUUAAAAAAGGAAAACCUACCCGAACGAACCGGUCAGCACUUUGAGUCACUGUUUUUGGAGCAAAAGGAAGGGAAAAAUAGAGUCAAAAAAGAAAAUUGGAAAGGAAUUGCGAGAGAACUAAACAUUUAAAACACUUCGAAAUCACAUACAAUUGCCUUAAAACAUUUACUAAGUAACAAACAAAUUGCAAAUUAAACGAAACAAUGACAAGAUCGUCAUUUCGGCGCUUUCGGCCAGCACGCUCGGCACACCCCU